AUGCUAGAUGCCAACCUCCGUGGCACCUUCCGUUUCGGGAACCGAGGUUUCCCUUCAUCUUCCAACGAAAGUCUAGAUGGAGUAGGAGAGGUAGGAACUACUCCGAUCGAGGACGAAUCCAUGCCUGUUUCGCAGAAGGGCCUCACGAAUCGUCUUUUGAGGCCACUCAACAGGGUUGAGCCCGGGCUCAGCAGUGCAUCUAUGGGACAUUGCCCUUCCGAGAAGGAAAUGUGCUGGAUCUUUUACAUAGUUGGAUCUGUCAGCAUUUGGAGGGGGUUGUAA